AGAGCUCCUACUCGCUUCCAUCACCACGGCUCCGUAAAAUAAAAUACUAAGCUCCCGUUCUCCUCGUCUUCUUCUUCUUCUUCUUCUUCUUCCUCCAGUUUCCGGCGACCAGAAAACAGAAUACGGCGGGAAUGACAAAGGUACAUCCGAACGCCUCGUCCGCAGCCGAGGCCGCCCCUAGGGCGGACUUCUCCGGCGGAUGCUGCGGCGGCGGGGUGCCGGAGACGGCGGUGCUGACGGUGUGGCGGAAGUCGCUCCUCUUCAACGGGAACGGGUUCACGGUCUUCGACGCGAAGGGCAAUCUCCUCUUCCGAGUCGAUAACUACGCGUCGGGGAAUAAGGGGGAGAUCGUGCUUAUGGACGCCGCCGGCAAGCCGCUCCUCACCAUCCGACGAAAGAGGCUGAGCCUGGGCGAUCACUGGCUGAUUUACGACGGCGAGGAGGCGGCCGACCCGCGGUUCUCGGUACGGAAGCACGUGAAUCUCCUCCAGUCCAAGGCGCUGGCGCACGUGACCCCGUGCCACGGUGGCGCCGAGGGCUGCGUCGCCACCCACUACGAUAUCCAGGGGUCCUACUCGCAGCGGUGCUGCUUGGUCUACGACGAGCGGCGCCGGCAGCUGGCGGAGAUCAAGCGGAAGGAGGCCGUCGGAGGCGUCGCCUUCGGCGUGGACGUCUUCCGCCUCAUCGUCGAGCCGGGAUUCGACGCGUCCGUCGCCAUGGCCAUCGUCAUCAUCCUCGAGCAAAUGUUCGGCUCUCGAGGCUCACUGCUCAGAGGAUAGCAAAGCUUUUGGAUUGGAACUUAAAAGAGAGCUCUCUAAAGCUCUGAUCCUCUCUGUUUAUACUGUGGCUAGUGCUGUUGUGUAGCAUCCAUCUCAAUAGGUAGAACGAAGUUUUUCAAAAAGAAAAAGAUAAAAAAAAAGGAUAGGUCUUAGGUGAGAUGGGAUGUAACCAGAAAAGGAAAACAAGAGGGAAAGAAAAAGGGAAAAAAAGGAAAAAAAAAAACUUUUUUUAUGCUUUCAUUGGCUUUGGUGUUACAUGGGUUUGCCAUGGAAGAGUGUUAAAAAAAAAAGGAGUUUUGGGUGGCGUCGUUAGAACGAAAUGUGAAUUAUGGUGCCAAUGAGGGGCAAUUAUGAAUAGUUAUACGGUGUAAAUAACAGUGAUCUCCUUUUUUUUUUUUUGUAAUUCCAACACCGGAAGAACUUAAACUUUCC